GGGCUGGCAUAAAGCCACGCUGUAGUGAGAAAACCAGGCAGCCAAAUCCACGCUAGUGAAGGAGGUGGACUAACGGACUCUCAGACGUCUCGAAAAAGCAACUAGAGCCUUUUCACCCUCGGUCUGCGCAUUGGGGCGCUCGAAUCAUUCGGCAAAACUUCCUAUCGCCAAGCACCAUCGUCGUCGAUCUUUCGAAGCGCGUCAGAUCCCGGCUCGUACGGGGAAGAACCCAAUUUUGCGCCAUCAUUGUCGCGGGAAUCCUCGAUUUCGUUUUAAGGCGUCUCGAAACUAGAUAAUUGUCGCCGAAUCUGCCUUUACCUGGUCGACGCAUCACCUUCGCCACCAGUCAUGGCAACUAUGCACAACGACAGAGAUCCUAGUAACGAGGAUAGAUUCUUCACGCAGAGGCGAACCGUGCUCGCCUUCCUCGAUUUCCUCCGCACAGCCUCUCUCCCCCCCACAGUCGACUCAGACGCCCUAGAGGUUGCCGCAGACUGCCUCUCCGAAGCUUUUGGGGUCAGCCCACAGAACCCGGACGACCUUGAGAAGUUCUCAAUUCUGCCCGGAACACUGUUGCAGCUCAUUCAGGAUAGCACGCCAGGUUCUCUCAUUGGCCAUGGUCCUUCAACCGUGGCUGCCCGCCCAGACGGGCAGCCAGGAGAAAUGUCUCGAGCUGCCCCGCCGCCGGAACCUAUGGAUGAAGGGAAUAAGGAUGACACCGGGCCUCGAGCAACAGGCUCGGCAGACAGGCCUGGGGAAGGUUCGGUUGCAGCAGCUGGAGCAGAUUCUAGUUCAGGAUCAGGGGCGGAAACAGGAGCAGGGGAGGAUGUGGCGAUGAAAGAAGCAGCUGACGGGCCGGCUGAGGCGGAAAAGCCAGGCACAGCGGGAGAAGGGGAAACAACGCAAGGAAUGGACGCCGCAAGUGUCGAUGGGGAGGAGACGAAGAGAGGAGAAGCGGAGGAGAGGGGGGGAGAGGCGGAGAAGAGGGGGAGAGAGGAGGCGGAGAACAAAGAGGAGGAUGGGGGGGAGGCGGUGGAUUUGGAUCAAAAGCUGCAGGAGUUUUUGGAGGGUUUGGAGAGUGCGAACUACUAUGCGGGGACGGAGGCAGGGAGCGAGGCGUACCUGGAGAGACGGAGGCAGGCCACGGCGAUAUUCCACCAAUGCGUGCAGCAACAGAGCGAGCAACAGCAAGAGCAGAAAGAGCAAGAGCGAGAGCAGAAGGAAGAAGAGGAUGGCAAGGAUCGAAAGGAGAGCAAGGGAAAGGCGAAGGAGCAGGAAGGGCAAGAUGUUUCGGCUGCUGCCACUGCUGAUGCUGCCGCUGCCGUGGGUGUUGGGUCCGGGAGCAGCAGUGCAGGCACCACGAGUGCUGCGGGUGCUGCUGCCAGUGGUGGUGCUGCUGCUACGGAGACUGCUGGGAGUGGGGCAGCAGCAGUGGUGACAGAGGAGGACAGGAAGAGAGCAGACGAGCUGAAGGCUCAAGGCAAUGCCGCCAUGUCAGCCAAGCAGUACGAGGAGGCUCUGACUCUCUACUCCAAGGCGAUCUCCCUUUGUGGCGGCACCAACGCAAUUUAUUAUGCCAACAGGGCUGCGGCACAGCAUCAGCUGGGGAACUACAUGGCAGCAGCGGAGGACAGCAAGAGAGCCAUAGCAGUUGACCCAAGCUACAGCAAGGCGUACAGCCGCCUGGGCCAUGCGUACAAGGCUCUGGGGAGGCACCACGAGGCGAUAGAAGAGGGGUUCAAGAAAGCUUUGCAGCUCGACCCGUCGAAUGCAACGCACAAAGAGAACCUCAAGGCUGCCAAGAGGAGGCUUGACGAGCAAAGGCGGAGCUCCUGCUGCUCGCACCAUGAUCACGGCCACCAGCACUACCAUGAUGCCCACCCACAGCACCACCACCAUGCACCCCCUCCCCCCUUCGCUUUCCCCACUGGCAUUCCUUUCGGGGGCUUCCCCAUGCCUGGAAUGGGCAUGCCUGGGGUGGGUAUACCUGGUAUGGGCAUGCCGGGGGCCGGCGUACCUGGUAUGGGCAUGCCGGGGGCAGGCGUACCUGGUAUGGGCAUACCUGGUAUGGGUAUGCCCGGUGCAGAUAUGCCUGGUGGUGCGGCCCCCUCGGCCUCCCAAACCUUCACCCCAGGCUCGGCACCAGGCCAGGCGACAUACAAUAUCUCCCUGGACAAUCUUCCGCUUGACCCCAGCAGCAUUUCGGGCGUGCUGGGUGCGAUUCAGAACCUGGUCGGGGGAUUCAAUGUGGCGCAGCAGCCGCAGCAGCCACAGCAGCAGCCACCACCUGCGUAACAAUUUAUGAGUACUGUGUUGUAUGCUUGACCCUCCUCGUUUUCGCUACCCUGGGAAUCUUAGGUCUGCUCUCGAUUGGCCCCUGAAAGGAAUUUUGAGCCAAUUGGCUUCUUACCAUUGGAAAUGUAAGUAAUCCGUGGACUGGACAUUCUAUCUAUUGUGAGAGAGAAGUGUUGACUAGGGCAAGACAGUUUCAGAGAAGAGAAUGUAUCUGAGUGUUGUUUAGUAGACUACAUAGGGUCAUGCCAUAGAGAGUACAACCCACUAGCUACAUACCCCUGU